CUAACAUGUCAGGACGGUUUUCGGGUGUCCAGGCAUGGCUAAAAAAAACAUGCCCAGAGUCCCUCUUCGUCCACUGCGCCAACCAUUCACUUGACUUAGUUCUUCAGGAGGCUGCACGUGAGGUGGGUCUUAUCGCAGAUUCGGUUAUCUUUGUUCAGGGCGUAGCCGUGGUAAUCCGUGAAUCAGCAAAACGCAAGGAUCUCUAUCAGUCCAUGUUUGGCUGUGAUGAUGUAGUUACCUUACUGGCAAUAUGUCCAACAAGAUGGUGCAUACGAACAACAGCUAUCAAACAUGUGUGUAGUGGCUACAGAGAAAUCAUCAAAACACUGGAGCAGCUUAAGGAGGACAGGAGUGUGAGAGGAGAUAUCAGAGCAAAGAUCAGCGGCUUGCACAAGCAAGCAAUGAAAGCAAAAACCUAUUAUGGCCUCCUCUGUUGUGAAGCAAUAUUCGAGCCAUGCGAGUCGGUGGCCAGGACUUUGCAGCAUGCCAAAGCCAGUGCACUGGGUGCCCUUAAGUGUGCUGAACUGCUUGAAAGACGCAUGGAGGCCCUUCGGGAUGAUGCAGUAGUGGAUAACAUGCUACAAACUGUAUCUUCAGCAGGACUUAAAAUGCCAGAAGAGAACAGGAUGACAAAAACCCCAACCCGCUAUCGACACACAGCAGAGCCAGAGGCAGAAGCAAAAGUUGCACAACACUCAUUAUGGAGACGAGAGUUUUAUGAAGCUGUGGACUUGGUCAGAGCAGAAGUAAAGAGGCGAUUUGAUCAAGAUGGUAUGAAAACAGCAGCUCUCAGAGAAAAAGUGCUUAUUAAUGCAGCCAACAAGAAACAAAUUGUAGAUAUAGAUUCCCUUCACCUUCCCCAACAGAUUGACAAACACCGACUGGAGAUCCAGCUGAAAAUGAUGGGAGACCUCUACAGUGAUUCCAUCGAGACAGUAAAAGACAUCGCAACAACCAUUUUUAAACUCCAUCCACAAACAAGAGCUCUUUUCAAAGAAGUUGAAAACCUCAUCAAACUCUGUCUAAGUCUCCCCAUCUCAGCUGCUUCAGCAGAGAGAACAUUUUCUGCUCUCCGCCGGUUGAAGACAUGGUUACGCACAACCAUGACGCAAAAACGACUGACCCACCUUGCUCUGAUGCAUGUUCAUGGAGAUAUUUUGGACAGUUUGGACAUUGAGACCCUCAUGCGUGACUUCAUCAGCAUCAACCCGGAGAGAAAGGCCACAUUUGGAGUUCUGCAUGCAGGCAGGCAGUAAAGCCCCCCCUGCUCAAAAUACGUUCCCGCGGCACUGCCUGCUAGCGUGAUAUUACUUCAUGCAGAAGAAGUUGGAUGAAAUAUUCUGAAUGAUAUCAAUCCACAAUCUGACUUGUGAUGCAGCCUGGAAUAAUCACACCACGUUCAUUCGUUUGGCCAGACGAGACUGUUUCCUGACUGAGCCAGGUCUUGUUUGGGUUUGGGUUUCUUGUCACUGUUGCCUUUUGUCUUGCUUGGUUGAAGACACCUAAUAUUCAGCAAUAUUAUUGACUUGUCUGCACUGACACCAUUUGAUAAUAAUUGAACUGAAU